AUGGCAGAAGCCCUGAACAGUAGCCAUUCUUCUGGCAAGGGUUUAAUAAGACGUCUCUCCAACCGUGCAAGUAAAUUUGCCAGGACUCGACGUCAGUCGGCGGCGGCACCUACGAGACGGGAAGGGAGUAUAGGUCCCGGAAUUCUCCGACGCAGGAGUGACAGCACCAACACGGCCCCUGCGGCGGAGUCUGUCCUGCUGACGGAUUCCGACGACGAGUUUCACGACGAGAUGAACGAGCUCGGCUCUAUCUAUGGCGCAGAGAGUAUGGUACGCGAUUUCUCUUCGGGAAGCGCUGCUCCAUCACUAGCAGGUUCUGCAUCGUUUACAGAUGUUCCUACCGGGCCCGUUGUACCCAUGGCGUUAGUGAAAGGGACUUAUCUUAACAAGAUAUCUAAGAAGAAAAAGUCGAAGCGGUUGCUCUUCAUUCUCGAGGCAGCCGCCGGUAAGGUAAUUUGGGAGAAAGGCCGUUCUACCAAGUGUAUCUAUAUCGAUGACAUCAAGGAGGUCAGGAUAGGUUCCGACAUCCGGCAGUAUCGGAUUGACUAUGGCGUCCCAGAAUCCGAUGAGGGUCGCUUCUUUACUAUCUUCUACGCAGUUCCUGACAAGUCCAGGAGCAAGACGAUGCACUUAAUCGCCGAAGACGAGGAGACGUUCGCGCACUGGGUUAAUGCUCUGGACUUAAUAUCGAAGCACCGAGAGGUACAUAUGGCCUCGUUGAUGGCGUUUAAUGACAGCGCUAUCCGUGGAUAUUGGAAUGGUGAGAUGACGAAGCAAUUUGAGAACAAACACCACUCGCCCGCUCAAGAGGAGAUGGACUUCCCUGGUGUUGAACGCGUUUGCAGAAAUCUUCACAUCCACAUGGCCCAGAGGGAUCUCCGUGCCAAGUUCGCCGUUGCUGACACCACCAGGUCUGGCCGACUAAACUUUUCCGAAUUCCAGGUAUUCGUCCGCGAGAUGAAACGAAGAGAAGACAUUCGACUGCUGUAUCUCAAGCUGGCUUCAGAUGCAGAGCGGGGAAUCACCUUCGCGGAGUUUAUGCGGUUCGUACGGGACGAACAAUGCGAAGACGUCGAUAGUAAUCCCAACUUCUGGGAGAAUAAGUUCCUUCGUUGGGCUCGCCGAGCUGGCGGAUCUAGGGCAGAGACGGCAUCGUUUCAGCGCCUCGACAAGGACUCAGCUACGAUGAACGAGCAAGCUUUUGCGGCCUAUUUAACAUCAAAAGAUAACUUCCCACUUGUGCGCCCGCCGUCCGAGUACUCUCUCGAUCGACCCUUCAAUGAGUAUUUCAUCUCCAGUUCUCAUAACACCUAUCUAGUCGGCCGUCAAAUCGCAGACGUCGCCUCCAUCGAGGGUUAUAUUUCGACUCUUGUCCGUGGUUGCCGUAGCGUCGAGAUCGAUUGCUGGGAUGGAUCUGAUGGUCAGCCGAUAGUCAAGCACGGAUAUGCCAUGACGAACGCCAUUUCAUUCCGAGAGGUGAUCAACACUGUUAAUAAGUACGCCUUUGCUGCAAGCCACUUCCCACUCUGGGUGUCGCUCGAAGUUCACUGCAAUGCACCACAGCAAGAGGUUAUGGCCGACAUUAUGAAGGAGAUAUUUGGUUCUCGCCUUAUCACCGAACCCUUAGACCCAUCCUCGAAUACGCUCCCAUCGCCCACGGAACUAAAGGAAAGGAUCUUGAUUAAGGUGAAAGGGACGCACCGAAGCGCCACGCGUAACGGCGGUGAGGCUACAGGUCGUCGACGCGGAAACAGCCUGACCUCCCCUUUUUCGAAGCCGGUGCCCUCUGACAAUACAUCUAUUCCAGCUCAAUUCUUAUCAAGCCCGCUCCUAGUCCCUACCGGUCAACCCCGGCGUGGUGUGGCAGCAAAGCGUGUAGACACCAUUAACGAGGGUGAGGUGCAUGACACGGUUAGUAGCAGCACGAGCGAAUGCGACAGCGAUGAGGAGAAGCAUGGCAAGAAGAAGACGAGCAAGAUUGUCAAGAGUUUAGGCGAGCUCGGUGUCUACUGUAGUGGCGUCAAGUUCAACGGCUUUGAAUCGGCGGAAUGCAAGAAGAGCAACCAUAUCUUGUCCUUUAUGGAAGGCACAUUUAGGAAGCACUCCAAAGCUUCGGAUUCUAAGUUGGCCCUGGCCCGCCACAAUAUGCGCUAUAUGAUGCGUGUAUAUCCCCAAUACUCCCGCUUAUCUUCUGACAACUUCAACCCUUUGAUGUACUGGCGGAGGGGCGUGCAGAUGGCUGCGCUCAACUGGCAGACCUUUGACCUUGGCAUGCAGUUGAAUCAAGCCAUGUUUGACGGCGGCACUGAUCAGUCCGGGUAUGUCUUGAAGCCCGCGUCGAUGCGCGAGAUACGCAUACUCCCCGACGGUCUCCCUCUAGAAGCCAUUGGAAAAUUGGAACGCCAAAACAUGUCCUUUGACAUCGAUAUAAUUUCGGCGCAACAACUCAUUCGUCCUUCUAGCCUGGGUUCUAGCCGCACUCUCGAUCCAUACGUCGAGAUCGAAAUAUUUCACACCAACGAUAAGCGAGACAAGCACGAUAGCAUGGCGGGCAUACCCAUACUUACCGACACUCCACUCAAGUCGACCACAUCCAUUGUUAAAGAAAACGGGUUCAAUCCCGUCUUUAACCACAAGGCUCAUUUUAACGUCACGACUAAGCACCCCGAGUUGCUCUUUGUCAGAUUCAGCGUCAGGCUUUCCACUGACGGCGAGUACACGUCCGGUCGCAGUGCCCUUAUUGCAACUUACACGGCAAAACUUGACAGCCUCAAACAGGGUUAUCGAACCUUGCCGUUGCUAGAUUCUAACGGGGACCAAUACCUCUUCUCGACCCUGUUCUGCCAUAUCAAAGUUGACCCUACGACCAGCGUAUACGUGUCAAAAGCAGGCGAGAACAACGGCGGCGAGGCCGCUGUCGGCAAGUUAAAGCAUAUUGGUCGAAAUGUGUUUAACAGAUCAACUGCUAACAGCACGAAAUCGAGCUUUGAAAAGAGCGUCGACGGUGAUUCACAACCACAUUUCAUUUGA